AUGGAAGUCGAACUCAGAGCGGAGGGUGAGCACUUCAACUCGCAGGCGGCGUCAGAUGCGCUCUUCUCCGUGGACGAAGCGUGGGGUAAGAACCUCGUCGGUGCGCUAAUUCUCGAACUCUACAGCGAACUUCAAAAUGACGACAAAGACACCACCAUCGGCUUCGCCGCGUUGGCGCAAGGCGAAGAUUUGGUUCCGUUCAAGUAUCGCCUCCCAGACAUGACCCCGACGUCUGUCGAGGUGAAGGUCGAGUACUGCGGCUUGUGCGGAAGUGAUGAUCACUUGAUCGUGGGUGACUAUGGUGAAUAUGCGGUGUGGCCGCAAGUUUGCGGACACGAAGUCGUGGGUACGGUCACCCAAGUUGGCACGGCGGUGACGACGCUAAAAGCCGGUCAACGCGUUGGCGUCGGCUGGCAGAGCUCGUCUUGCCACGAUUGCGAGUGGUGCGCGCGAGGCGAUGAGCAGCUGUGCUCUAGUGUCGGUUGUACAUGCUGCGAAGGUAACAAAGGUGGUUUCGCCGAUCGCAUGCGCUUAAACGACUCGCAAUUCUGCUACAAAAUCCCAGACGCGCUGUCUUCCGCGGAAGUCGCGCCGUUGCUAUGCGGUGGCCAAACCGUUUGGACGCCUUUGAACGAGCAAACGAAGUCUAGCGAUCGCGUCGGCAUUCUCGGCCUCGGUGGACUCGGUCACAUGGCCAUCAAGUUCGCCAAGGCGCUCGGUCGAGAAGUCACCGCGAUUUCGUCUUCGGCGUCGAAGCGCGCCGACGCCCUGUCGCACGGCGCGUCGCGCUUUUUGGUGCACACCAACCAAGAAGAGAUGGAUGCCGCCGCCUCAUCGCUCGACUUCAUCCUAGUCACCAUCGCCACGAAUAAAGAGGUGGACUUCGCGAAGUUUUUCCCCUUGUUACGCCCGCGUGGGACGAUUUGUUUCGUCGGCAUGUGCCCUCCCAUCCAAGCCGACGUCUUCACUCUCGGCUUCACCAUGAACAACAUCACAACGAGUAACACCGGGGGCAAAAAGGACAUGGUUCAAAUGCUCGAAUUCUGCGCCCGACACAAGAUCGGCGCCUCCGUCGCCGUGAGUCCGCUCAGCGAGAUCAACACCGCCAUCACGGCUUUGCGCACGGGCGAAUCCCACUUCCGACACGUCCUCGUCAACGACGUCUCGAGCGGUAGUCAACACCGUCGCAUGGCCAGCGCCUUCGGCAGCGGCUUCCCUUCCCGUUAA